UAAUAAUAUUAUGUGACUCACAAUUACAAACAACCAAAAGUAUCGAAACAGAUAGAGAAAUGGUUGAUUGCGCUUGGUCUAACUUACCGGAGGAGCUCCUCCACUUCAUCGCCGACCGAUUGUUCUCCGUCGUCGAGCUCAAACGUUUCAGUAGCAUCUGCAAAUCUUGGCGCUCUUCUGUUUCCGACGUCAGCAGGAGCAAUCCUUUCCCGAGCCGCCCUCUAAUCCACUUCAAUCCCAUCCCCCCUAGCGAAACCCUACAAGACGACGAUGAUUCCGACAACUUCGAGCCCGGCGCAUUCCUCUCACGCGCAGCUUUCUUCAGAGUCACUCUCUCCUCCUCCUCCAGCAAGGGCUGGAUGAUCAAAUCCGAUGUGGACAUCAACUCCGGGAGAUUCCGUCUCCUCAACCCUCUCUCACGUUUUCCGUUACGCAACUCUACCGAGAGUAUCAAUCUUUUGGAGUUCACUGUCUCCGAGAUUCGAGAAGCGUACGCGGUUCUUGCAACUCCGGAAGGAAGAUUUGCAACUCCGGAAUUCGAAAAAAGUGCUCUUGUCAAAGUUAAGGAAGGAGAAGAUCAUCAUCAUGGAGUUCUUGGAAUUGGUUGUGAAGGAAAUAUCAACUAUUGGGAUGGAAAUGUCUUGAAGGAACUCGAACAAAUGGGUGAUCACUUCUCCGACAUUAUAGUUCACAAAGGAGUGACUUACGUCUUGGAUUCAAGGGGCAUUAUUUGGUGUAUUAAUUCCGAUCUUGAAAUCUCUAGGUACGAAACAUCACUCGAUGAAAACAUAACUAAUGGUUGUUGGGGAGACUUGAGAUUUGUGGAAUGCUGUGAAGAGCUUUACAUUGUCGACCGCCUUUCCGAAGAGAGUCCCCGAAAGAGAGGAGCUGUGGACUUAUUUCACUACUCAAGAACGGUUGGUUUCAAAGUUUACAAGAUGGAUGAGGAAUUAGCAAAAUGGAUAGAAGUUACGACGUUGAGAGACAAUGCAUUUGUGAUGGCUACCGAUACUUGUUUCUCGGUUUUGGCUCAUGAGUUUUACGGAUGCCUCCCAAACUCUAUUUACUUCACCGAGAAUAGAUGGCCUAUGGUGUAGCUCAAAAAUGGUAAUGGAAGUAUUAUCACAAGAAAGUCGGAAUCUUCGAAGAGUUCUUUCGAAAUGUUUUUUCCUAGCUUUCUUUGAAUCUUGUUUAGGUCAAAGCUACUUUAUUUAUAAUUAAGAGUACCAAUCAUCUCUCAUAAAAAGCUUACUUUUCACCUCUAAUAAAAAGCAUAUAUAGUUUUCAUCUUUAUUUGUAUGUUUAUUGUAAGAAUAAUGAAGCAUUUGGUAGUUUAUAAUAAAGUUUCUGUUUUAUGUUAUACUAGUAUUCCCACCCGUAGUACGGGAUAAAUAAAUUG